CAUCUCUCCUUAUCAAAUAUCCUCAACCCUCAAACCAGAACGCCCAUUAACCACCACCUAUUAUACUCGAAAACCUUACCAAAAAAGGAACUACUUGAAGUUUUGCAGCAAUGGCAGCCAUGAACUCAAGUGUUUUGGCAUGCAGCUAUGCCAUCUCAGGCUCAGGAUCAUCUGAGCUCAAUGCUAAGCUUGCUGUGCCUUCAGUUGCAUCCCCAGUCGUGACUGGCCACAAGAUGCCGGUGAUCAGAGCCCAACUGUUGAAAGCUGAUUCCAAAGAAACAAGGGGCUGUGAAGGAAGGAGAUCUGCAAUGCUCUAUUUGGCCGCCGCCGUUUUCACCACUGCCGCUGCCACUUCUUCCGCCAAUGCCGGAGUCAUUGAAGACUACCUCGAGAAGAGCAAAGCUAACAAGGAAUUGAAUGACCAGAAAAGGUUGGCAACAAGUGGAGCAAACUUUGCUAGAGCAUACACAGUUGAGUUUGGCUCAUGCAAGUUCCCUGAAAACUUUACCGGCUGCCAAGAUCUUGCCAAGCAGAAGAGAGUUCCAUUCAUCUCAGAUGACUUAGAAUUGGAGUGCAAAGGGAAGGACAAAUUCAAGUGUGGUUCCAAUGUUUUCUGGAAGUGGUGAAGAAAUUCAUUUGUGUUCUCUCACUUAAACCAUGUACUCUGUCUCAACUUGUAUCUAAUUUUCCCAUUUUAAGAGAGUCGUCUCCAUCUAUUAUCUGAUCUUUUUCUCCAUGGCUUUUAUUACAUUAGAUGACAGGUUAUAAAAUAAUAAAUAACCCCCUUUCAA